UGAAAGUUAAAGAAUACAAUUUGGUUGUUUUGCCGUCAAAAUCCUACAAUGUGAUUGGUGAAGACAAUAGGGAGGUGAUCUAUAAGGAUCGUGAUUGGACAUAAGUUAUCAGGUUGAAAAAAAAAUGUACACGAUCCCUACUAAUUAUCAUUUUAGUUAAGAGAAUAUAAAACAAUUGCGUAAGCCAGGGACUAUAAAAACUGUACUAGCAACAAACCUAAAUUUACCACACACUUUUCGUGUAUCUUUACACUGUGAUUUGACAUUCGUCUUCUUGUGUUUCUACGCAACGAUCUCUUGUUUCAACGUGUUACUAUAUACAUAUUAUUAAACGUCCAAGAUGCACAUCUUUUUGACACCCGAAUUCACCAAGGCCGCCAGCUGAGAGGUGAUGAUGUAUGUCUUCAAAAAUCCCAGCGAAGCGAAGAAGAGGGGAGCCUAUACCUUACCUCGAACUGAAUCAAGAUCUGGUGAACGUCCUCAGUAGAGAAAAUGUAAACAUGGUCCUGGACCAGAUUCGGUUUAAAGGAACUCCGUUGUCGAUAAUACUGGGACGUCUCCACACGCUUGCCGCGAAGGAUGCGUCUGAAGGCAGGAACGAAGGAGAUGGUCGGCAGAGGCGGUGAGAACCGGGGACAAGUGGUGCUUCAUAGCCGCAGCACCUUCCCCAAGCUCCGGUUCUGUCACUCGGAAAUCUGGCGCAAGUUCCGCGUUCAUCGUGGACUCUCCACCAUCAGCUUCCGGGCUGUCGGUACUGGUAGACAACAUCGACGUUGACGGGGUGGAAUACGUCGAUCCCACUCUGCCCACUCUCGAAGACAUGGUCCUCGGGGGUGAUGACGUCCUCUCGGGAGGCAACAAUGUUAUGCAGGGUGACGGCCUUUUAGAUGGCGAGGAGAUGGACUUCGACCAAUCACAAAGGGAGUUGAAGCGUCAUCAUCAGGAGGAUUCUGAAGAAAGUUUGGGAAAGCGGUGGCGUGGAAAAGCCUCGGGCGAAGAGGAGUAUGAAGUGGAACAUCCAAAAAGAUACUAUCGUCUUACAAGACUGGAAAAAUACGAUGAUCCAGAUGGUAUGAAUGAGGAGGGACGAACUGAAUUUAACCAAUGGUAUGAUGAGGAGUCGGGACGACCCUUCGUGCUCAAAGAUGAGCUCCUAGCAUACUGUAUAAGCGACAUAGAUAUUCUAAGUCGCUGCUGUCAACAAUUUCGGUUGUUGUUCAAACAAGUAACUUCCUUGGGGCCCGAUGACGAUGGUGUGGAUCCUUUCAAGAAUUGCAUAUAACUAUCGCGUCA